GUUCCUUCUAUGCAAUGAAAUAAUAAUGGGGUGGCACCUGAAGUGUGAAAUUUGUUAAAUUUUUCUUGGUUUUGUUCUUACUUGUGACUUGGUUAACUGAAGAUGGAAGUGAGUUUGGAUUUGAGUUUGGCCUUUGUCCCUAGAAGAACCGUUUGUGAGAUUCUUGGCGAUAUUGCUAAGAGCAAAGAUGGGUCUCGGAGAAUGGCCACAAUUGAGGACUUAGUGAAAAGGUUGGAAGAUGAGAAGAAGAAGAUUGAAGCAUUCAAACGUGAGCUUCCUCUUUGCAUGAUCCUUGUAAACGAUGCUAUUAGUAAAUUGAAAGAAGAGAUAAAGGGGGGUGUGAGAAUGAAAGAUGAAGCCGUGGUUGAAGAGUUGAUGAAACUUAUGAAAACCAAUUCUGAAGCAAAUGGGUCUUUGAUGAUUGUGGGGAACGAAAGCAGUGACACGAAGAAUUGGAUGAACUCUGUUCAGCUAUGGAACGUUGAAACCAAACAGAGGAAUGAAGAGGGUGAUCUAUUUGUGCCCAGCAAUCCAAUUGAACAAAAAAACGACACCAACAAGAGUGUCUCAAAGACAGUGAUGAAGGACAACAAGAAAAUGUCACAGGUUCCUAGUCUUGGGUUGAUGAGUCCUGCAGUGUUGGAAUUGAAUCAUAGAAAAACAGAAAGUGGUUAUGGACAUGGUUCGUCCAUGAUUAUUACAAGCUCGGUUGAAAUUAAGGGUCAUCAUCAAUCACAACAACCUCAGCAGAAUCCGAGGAAACAAAGGCGAUGCUGGUCACCAGAUCUUCAUCGGCGAUUUGUUGAUGCGCUUCAACAAUUAGGGGGCCCACAAGUGGCCACUCCAAAGCAGAUUAGAGAACUGAUGCAGGUGGUAGGCCUCACAAAUGAUGAAGUGAAAAGCCAUUUGCAAAAGUACAGGCUUCAUUUUAAAAGACCUCAAGGUUCUUCAAUUGGCCAUGCUAACAGUGGCUUAUGCAAGAUGGCACAAGAUAAAUGUGGAGACGAUAAAUCUGGCUCUCCACAAGGUCCACUCUUCCUAGGAGGGUCUGGAAAAGGUCUUUCAAGCUCUGGACGCAAUAGCAUGGACACAGAAGGAGAUGAGGAAUCAGAUUGCCGCAAUUGGAAAGGUGGGAUUCAUCACCAAUUGCAACCAGAAAGUGACGUUUUGUGAGCUUUUACAGUUUUCAGAUACAUGAGAAUUAAACAUAUAUAAUGAAUAUUCAAAAUUUGGAGAAAUUAUUUGGUAAUUUAAAAUUAUUACUUUUUCA